AUGAAUUAUUUUCCAAAAUAUGAUGGAAACAUUCAUCCAGAUGAAUGGAUAAAUGAUAUAAUCAAAUAUUAUAAUAUGUGGGAAGGUAGUUAUGGAGGAUUUUUAAUUACUGUAAAAUCAUUAAUUAAUCCCAAUAUUAUACUUCCAACCGAAAUUAAUGACCUUGUAAAACUUCGUGAUGCACUUAAAAAAGAUAUUACUUUUACAACAUUUAAAAAUUUAAAUAAAAGAAAAUUACAAUCAUUAGAAUAUAAAUCUGAAAGAGAUGGCGGUGAUACUUUGAAAUUUUUAACAGAUUUUCGUAACCUUUGUUAUAAUUCAGAAAUUAAUGAUAUAGAAGAACAAAAGAAAUAUUUUAUUAAAGCUCUUAGUAAUUAUUACUAUUUUUUGUCUAAUUUUGGUAAAAGAAUGAAUAAUAUCAGUUCAAUGAAUGAAUUAAUUAAAGAAUUCGAAGAAAUUGUUAUGGAUGAAUCAAAUACAAUUAGAAGUGGAUCCAUUGUUGCAUUAAAGCAUGUUGCAACAGGAAAAUAUUUAACUUCAAUUGAAGGUUUAUAUUAUGCAACUGGAAGCAAAAAUCAAUUAGUUUCUAUGGGAAGUUCAAUACUAGAUUCAAAUGCUUUAUGGAAAAUAUACAAUUGUGAUAAUAAUAAUAAUAAUGGUUUUAUAAAAACUAACUUAUGUUUAGAACAUAAAAUUUCUAAAUAUUGUCUUGGAAUUUGUCAUCAGAUUGUAAUUCAUCAAAAUCAUCAAUCCCAAUAUCAAAAUCAGUAUCAAUACCACAAAUCUCCAUCAAGUAAUCAUACAGAAGUAAAUUGUAACAAUGGAAGUGAGACAAUUUGGAAGAUUUGUUAUGAUAGUGGAUUAGAAAAUUAUGAAGGAUAUUUAAAAUCAAAUGAUAUUGUUAAUCUUAGUAUCAUUAAGAAAAGAUAUGGAACUCAAGAUGGUCAAGUUGAAUUUCUAUGUAGUCAUGAUGCUCAAUUUACUAUCGGAAGUGAUACUUUUCAAGAGGUUUUUUGUAAUGAAAGAUUAGGAGAAAAUGAUGAGUGGUGCGUUGAACUUAUUAAACAGGCUUAA